AUGUCUGGGCUUUCUGUUGACUUGACCGCUCCCAACGGGAAGAAGUUUACUCUUCCAACCGGUUUGUUCAUCAACAAUGAGUUCGUGAAAGCUACUGGUGGAGGCAAGAUUGAGAGCAUUAACCCCACCAACGAAGAAGUCAUCUGUUCGGUUGAGGCAGCCUCAGAAGAAGAUGUUGACAAGGCUGUGAAAGCAGCUAGAGCUGCACUCAACGCCGAGUCCUGGAGCGAGUUGCCUGGCACGGAUAGAGGUAUCCUCAUGAACAAGCUUGCAGAUCUAAUCGAGGCCGACAAAGAAAUCCUGGCCACCAUCGAGACUUGGGACAAUGGCAAGCCCUACACUGUUGCCCUGGAUCUUGACCUUGGUGAGGUUAUUUCGACCAUCAGAUAUUAUGCCGGUUGGGCCGAUAAGAUUUUCGGACAGACAAUCCCCACCACGCCCAAGAAGCUCGCUUACACCCUGAAGCAGCCCAUCGGUGUUUGUGCACAGAUCAUUCCAUGGAACUUCCCUCUGGCUAUGGCUGCUUGGAAGCUGGGUCCAGCCUUAGCCGCUGGCAACACUCUAGUUUUAAAACCGGCGGAGCAAACACCCCUCUCAAUUCUCUACUUAGCUAGUCUGAUACCCAAGGCUGGCUUCCCUCCUGGAGUCGUCAACGUUGUGAACGGGUAUGGUAGAGAGGCUGGCCAUGCACUUGCUGCUCACUUGGAUGUCGACAAGAUUGCUUUCACUGGUUCCACCGCAACUGGCAAGCUCCUUAUGAAGACUGCUAGCAUAAACUUGAAGAAUAUCACAUUGGAGACUGGCGGCAAGUCACCACUCGUCGUGUUCAAUGAUGCCGACCUUGAGCAAGCUGCGAAAUGGGCUCAGAUUGGAAUUAUGAGUAACUCGGGACAGAUCUGCACAGCCAACUCCAGAUUAUUAGUUCAAGAAGGUGUCCACGACAAAUUCGUUGAGGUAUUCAAGGACGUUAUCUUAAAUGCUAACAAGGUUGGCGACCCGUUCGAGGAGACCACUUUCCAAGGACCACAGAUCACCAAAGCACAAUAUGACAAGAUUUUGGGCUACGUCGAAACCGCCAAGUCCGAGGGGGCAACACUUACAGCAGGCGGUGUACCAUACAAGGGAGUUGGCCAGGGCAAAGGAUACUUCAUCGAGCCGACCAUAUUUACCAACGUAAAGAGUGAUAUGACGAUUUACCGGGAAGAGAUCUUCGGUCCAUUCGUCAGCAUUGCGACCUUCAAGACCGAGGCCGAGGCCAUCGCCAUGGCAAAUGACACGACUUACGGCCUUGGUGCGUCCGUCUUCACACAGAAUCUGGAGGUUGCCCAUCGUGUGGCAGCCAAGAUUCAAAGUGGAAUGGUGUGGAUCAACAGUUCUAACGACUCCGAUUAUCGUGUCCCAUUUGGUGGUGUCAAGCAAAGCGGCGUUGGUCGUGAGUUGGGAGAGGCUGGUUUGUCAGCCUAUACUCAGGAAAAGGCGGUUCACGUCAAUCUUGGAGAGAAACUGUAA